AUGCAAGAGGCCGGCCGGUGGGUGGCGGCUGGCUCGGUGGACGGUUCGGUCUACAUGCUCGAGCUGUGCGACGGCUUGUCGCAAAUGCAGCAGAACGAGAAGCAGGGCGUAAGCCACAUGCUGGAUCGAGAGCGCGAGAAGAACCUCGAGGCGCGCGCAAAGGAGCUGCGAGCGAGGGAGCUGCGAGCGAGGGAGCUGCGCGCAAAGGGGCAGGCCAAGGAGGAGGGCGCGGAGGCGGCCGUGCCGUGGGAGGAGAGGCGAAAGGAGGUCGAGGCGGAGUUCUGGAGGCUGACGGGCUUGACGGGCCCGGAGGGCGUGACGGGCGAGGGUAUCGAGCCAUCGGAGAAGUCAUCUGAGACGGCCGAGCAAUGA